CGCCGCGCGCUGCGGACUGUGCUCUCCGGACGGCUCCAGCGCCUCCAGUUCCAGGUCGCCGCGUGUCACGUGCUCGGCGCGCAGACCAGCUGCCAUACGGACGCCAGCCAGCUGCCCGCUGACCCGCUGCUGCCUCGCCGAGCCAAGGUCGCCAAGCAGAGCCCGGCCGCCAUGCUGGCCCCUUCCCUCGUGCUGCUGGCCGCCUGCGGUCUCGCCGCCGGCUCCCUCAUCAACGGAACGACACAGACGUGCGAAAAUGAGGGUGAGCCAGUGCCGGCAGACGCCAUCAACGUCGUGGGCGUCCACUGCUUCUCCUGUAUGUGUACGAACGGGCGAGUGCAGUGCCAGCCGCAGGAGUGCCCCAGCCACGAGGGCUGCCACGUGCUCGUCGACGAUCCCAGGAACAACUGCUGCCGGCGCAUCUGCAAGGGGUGCGUGCACGAAGGCGUGGAGCACCCGAGCGGCUCCGAGUGGCGGGACGCCAAGGACCCGUGCACGGUGUUCCGCUGCGAGGCGGGCAUCGUCACCGAGUCGCAGAUCCGCUGCCACGCGCCCUGCCGAGACCCGCUGCCGCCCGCCGCCGGCCAAUGCUGCGCCACCUGUCCAGGCUGCCAGCUGAACGGCCGGCAGGUGUCUCCCGGGUCGACGGUGCGCUCGUCGCAAGACGCGUGCGUAGAGUGCCGCUGCGGCGCCGGCGGCCGGCUUUCGUGCGAGAAGCGCGCCUGCCCCGUGCUGCAGUGCCCGCGCGAGCGCCGCGUGCGGCCCGCCGGCGACUGCUGCGCGCGCUGCCUGGGCAGCCGCGCGCUGCUGCUGCCGCCCGCCGGCCGCUGCCUCGUCGGCAUGCUCAUCCUGCCGCCGCCGCCGCCCCCGCACCGCUCCGUCGUCAGCGCGCCUACCCCCGCCGCCGAGCCCGACCCCUGCACCACGUGUCGCUGCCACCGCAACGGCACCGCCGUCUGCCACAGGCAGGUGUGUCCCGUGCUGGACUGCCCCGAAGAGAACCAGGAGCCACCCCCGCCAGGACGCUGCUGUGGCCGCUGCCGGCUCACACUCCCCAGCCACGCCUCGUGCACUGCUGGCAACAUCACGCGACAGGAUGGUGAUGUGUGGCAGCCUGGUCCAUGUCACUCAUGUGAAUGCCGACAGGGGCAGGUGCGAUGCGUCAUGCAGAUGUGUCCUCAACAAAAUGUCCCAUGUCCUCCCAACUACAAGCUGGAGCACAAGGCCAAUGAAUGCUGCCCACGUUGUGUUGAAAGUGAUGGUGUAUGCACAGUUUUUGGUGAUCCACAUUAUCGCACUUUUGAUGGGAAGUUCUACAGUUUCCAAGGAUCAUGCAAAUACCAGCUGGCAUCAGACUGUGUAACACACACUUUUGGUAUCAGAGUAACAAAUGAUGCAAGAGCAACCAAGGCAUCCUCAUGGACAAAAACCAUUUCAAUGAAGAUUGGAGAGCUCAAGAUAAAUCUGGGACAGAACAUGAGAGUAAAAGUGAAUGGAAAGCGUGUGCAGCCCCCAUACAGACUGCUCAAUAAGAUAUCUGUCAAUAAAACACGCAAUGGUGUUCAAGUUGAAACAUUCAUUGGUGUGAAGAUUGUAUGGGAUGGCAACAGUUUCUUGGAGGUGUCUGUUCCUAAACGAUAUAAAGGAAAAAUGUGUGGACUAUGUGGAAAUUUCAAUCGCAAGGCAUCUGAUGACUUCACACUGCGCCAUGGUGGUAAAGCCCUUGACACAGAUGCAGAAAGGUUUGGACUGUCAUGGCGAGUUGGUGGAACAAAAUCAUGCACUCGCCCCCAGGAACAACUGAAUAGGGAACCACAGUGCCAGAAACCUAAGGUGCAUCAACGAAGUGUUCGUCAGUGUGCUCCACUCAAGGAGAAGCUCUUCAAUGAGUGUCACAAGAAACUUAAUCCCAACACAUAUUAUCAGGCUUGCAUAGUGGACAUGUGUGAAUGUCCAACUGGCCGAUGUCACUGUGAAUCUUUCAUGGCUUACGCCCACGAGUGCCAGAGGCUAGGCGUACGUGUUCACAAAUGGAGAAAAGCAUCAAGGUGUCUCAGCUUCUGGGCAUCACCUCGCAAGAGGCCUCCAUUACGUAAGCUGCAAUAGUCACUCAUCUUCUCAGCGCCCUCCUGCUGACAACAAAUGGCACAUCACUGGACAUCUGUCAGAAAGUCAGGAAAGGUAUCAGCAUAACACCUUUGUGACCUGUACGUCUCCUGGAAUGUAAAACACUUCAAAAACUCAUUCAUCCAGGAAAAAGAGAGGGGAAAAAAUUGUUGGAAUUGUUUUCUGAAAUGAUCCUACCUCUGUAUUACAAUUACAUUCACUGACAUGACAGAUACAUAGUUUUGAAGGGUGCCAAAUAUUCCAUUUAUAUAAAUUCAUUGUUGGCUGUGAUGCAUGUAUUCUAGUCAAUAGAUAAUGCUAUUUUAUUUUGACUCUUUAUUUAUUGUAACUAAGUGUAGAUUAAUAGAGCUAAACUGUAAGUAUAUUAUGUACGAUGAUAUAGUUCUCAUAGACAUAAUUUAUAGAGAAAAAUCAGAAUGUAUUGAAGAAACUUGUGUUUUGUUUUUAACAUUAUGCAAUGUCAGAGAUGUUCUUUAUAAGAAGUAUAGAUGCAGAGUUAAUAGUCACCAAAAGAAAAGAUUUUGUCUGAAAGCAUGUUGAAAGCCAUGAUUCCACAUUUUCCUACAUCUUGCAUAGUUACAAAAAAUUAUGUCAGUGUAUAUUCUUCUCAUAAUGUAAAUUAACACAUGAAAAGCCAAAGAUAUGGUGAGCAAUGCCAAGUAUAAAUACUGUCAAAUACAUAACAAAGAUCUUAAAAUUUGUCAUUCAUAAUUUAAAGAUAUGCCUUCCAGUUUUCCUACUCUGGUAAAGAUCACCUACAAAGAAUGCCAUAAAAUAUACAUAGCACUACAAGUACAGAACAGCUGUUUUGUAAAAGAAGUUAUGAUGGCAAGAAAUGUGAUCAUAACAGACAAAAAAUAGACUGAAUCAACAGGCGAACAGGUUGCAUUUACCUGUGUUACACUGGAACACUACUCGAGAAACAACUAAAAUGAGUGCAAUGGAAACCGCACAUGCCACUAUAGUGUUAGUUUAAAACAAAUGUUAACUUCAUUAACAUUUACUUAAAAAAAACUGUCCACCAUAUGUUAUAUGUAUUUCUCCAAAUUCAAAUGUCUGUGAAACAUUCCAACCAACUGCUUGAAAUGCUAUGUGCAAAACUAUUUACAAGUAAUUUUAUGACAAGACAAAAACCUGUCACUGUUUGUAAAUACUAUUUAAAUCGCAUAUUUGUUGAAAAAAUAAAAUUUGUUCAGAGA